UACAAAAGAGUACCCCUAACAAUCUUUACAAACAGCCUAGCUAUAAAAAAGCUUACUUUGCAUCACUGUCUAAAAAAACCGAACGUGUCGUGUCCCAACAGAAAGUUCUUUGCUUUACAAAAUCAUAAAACAUGGCCGAAUUACAGGAAUUCAAUCAAGCCGCCGAAGAUGUCAAGAAUCUGAAUACCACGCCCGCAGAUAAUGACCUUUUGGAACUCUACAGCCUGUUCAAGCAGGCCACGGUGGGCGACUGCAAUACGGACAAGCCCGGUUUUCUGGACUUUAAGGGCAAAGCCAAGUGGGAGGCAUGGAACGGACGCAAGGGAAUGAGCAAUGCCGAAGCGCAGGGCGCGUAUAUAGCCAAAGUAAAGGGAUUGAUUGCCUCCGUGGGACUGAAGUCUUAGGAUGGAUAUAAAACUUAUACGCUAUGAUAUUAUUAUAUGUAUGCAUUUUUGGAAUCUCACAAUGUCGUCAAACGCACAAAGUCUUGAGUCUUUUCCGCACAAAAAAUAUACUCACACACAUUGAAAUGUA